UGAUUUCUUUUAGUGGUAAAGUACAAGUAAAACUAAUAAUUAUCAUAAAUCUUUCGUUAAUAAUUGUUAAAUACGUGAUCUAAAUUUUUGUGUGUCGAGGGGUCAUUGUUGUCGGUUCAUCGCGAUAAUCGAAAAGUGUUUAGUUAAAUUUCAACUGUCCGAUAUUCAUAAGUAAGCCAAGGCUCGUGUUAAUGAUCUAGCCAUUAGUGAACCAAGUCAAGAUAAUUACAAAGGUAAUUAGCACCCGAUCUUCAUCUCUUUCAAGAUCUUCUGUUUGAGAGGAAAAUGCGGAAUUUAUCAUUGGACCGGUGACGAACUUCAGUAAUGCUGUUAGCCCAGGGAGCUAUUUCAAUAGCAACAAUUGCCGGUAUUGUCGAGGAGGAGGAGUACGCCAACAGUGAGGCGAACAGCGGUCGAUACGAUGGCUAUGUAACUGAUCACACGGAUCUCGGCUCUGAAAUUGAUAUCUCUGAGUCUGAGUACCGACGCGAACUUUUAAAUGACAAAUGGCGAAUGCUGUUCGACAAGUUCGAUCCCGAGGGCUUUGGAGAAAUACCACGCGAGGAUUUUCUGGAGGCUUUAACAAGUCCCGAAUGGAGAGCGGAAAUCCCAGUGAACAAACGGGAAAUUCUUCUUGCCCGUGUAAAGGAAUCUCAUGCCGACGCCAUAACGUUUCAGGACUUUGUCAAUGUGAUGAGUGGAAAAAGAACACGAAGUUUCAAGUGUGCAGUUCACCAUCGUGACAGAGAAGUGAGCUCCGAAAAUGACUUCCAUCUGCUGAUCCACGAGCCCCCGUUUUUUCACAGGAUGGUGCGCAUGAUUGGCGAUGAAUUUCUAACGGAGGAACGGGACAGAAAGUACUACGCUGAUCACUAUACCUGCUGUCCGCCUCCUCUUUUCAUUAUCCUUAUUACCCUCGUUGAGCUGGGCUUCUUCACCUACUACACGGUGGCGAUGGGUGAAGUAAAUCCGUCUGGACCCGUACCGAUCGACAGUGUGUUCAUCUAUCGACCAGACAAGCGCCUCGAGCUCUGGAGGUUCGCUUUUUACAUGUUUUUACAUGCUGGGUGGUUACACCUGCUGUUUAACCUGGGGGUACAGGUGGUCGUGGGACUUCCCCUUGAAAUGGUUCACGGGAGUUUGAGGAUCGCCGCUGUCUACAUGGCCGGAGUUUUAGCCGGCUCACUGGGUACGUCAGUUUUUGACACAGACGUUUACUUAGUCGGGGCAAGCGGGGGAGUUUACGCUCUUCUGGCGGCUCAUCUGGCGAACGUCCUGCUGAACUACAACAACAUGGAGUUUGGGAUUGUGAGGCUGAUCGGGAUCUUCAUUAUCGCAAGCGCAGACGUGGGGUUCGCAAUCUACGACAGGUACGCGGCGGAGCAGAUGGGUCCACCUGUCUCGUACGUGGCGCACCUGACGGGGGCUUUGGCCGGGCUGACGAUCGGGCUGCUGGUGCUGAAGAACUUCGAGCAGCGGCUGCACGAGCAGCUCCUGUGGUGGGUCGCCCUGGGAGUCUACGCUGCCUGCACGAUCUUCGCCAUCAUGUACAACCUGCUGCACCCGGACUACCCCUGACGUGAGGUGAGCUUCGCGUACGGCGUGCCCCGGCACACGUAACGCGAAGCCAAGCUCGAGGAUCACACCCUGGCCGCCUGGUCCCUCGUCCUCCUGGAGCUCGUCUCCAGACUCAGCCCGAGGUGAGCCAGCUCGGCCAGUCAAACGUACCAAAGAAACAGUCCAAGGAGCUACUGAAUUAUCAAAAACAAACCAACCAACCAACCAACCAAUCUUAAACUUAAUCUUAACUAACUCGCUAAAUAACGAAAAAAUCUCCUCAAAUAAAAUAAAAUAAAA